GGGAAGCGAGAGAGGGGUAGAGAGAGAGAGAAGGGUUAGAAAAUUAUAGGAAUUAAAAACAUAAAAAAAAAGGUAAGAUUAUCAAAAAAAAUCUCCUUUGAUUUCAUUACCCCAAAGCCUCUCCCCGUAGAAAAAGCCUGGAUCCAGCUUUGACCCCUUUUUCCUCUCCGAUAAAAAUCCAAACCCUAACCCUAACCCUUCUAAUUUCUCUACAAGAUCCAACCUUUCCCCUCAAUCCCUCUCCAAAAUCCAAUUUUUAAUCAUGGGUAAUUGCUGCGCCUCGCCAGUAGACCCCUCAGAGCGCCCACCCAAGAAUCGAAAGAACAAGAAACCUAACCCUUUCUCCAUCCAAUACAACAAAUCCGCCGGCGUCGGCGUCGGCGCCCCCAAGCUCACCGUCCUCAAGAAUCCCACGGGCCGUGACAUUGAAGCUCGAUAUGAGCUCGGCAACGAGCUCGGCCGAGGAGAAUUCGGGGUAACUUACCUCUGCACUGACCGAGACUCUCGCGAGCACCUCGCUUGCAAAUCGAUAUCGAAGAAGAAGCUGAGGACGGCUGUUGAUAUUGAGGAUGUAAGAAGAGAGGUUGAGAUUAUGAGGUCGAUGCCGCCGCAUCCUAAUAUUGUGAGUCUGAAGGACACGUAUGAGGAUGAUAGUGCUGUUCAUCUUGUUAUGGAGUUGUGUGAGGGUGGAGAGCUUUUCGAUCGGAUUGUUGCGAGGGGCCAUUAUACCGAGAGGGCUGCUGCAGUGGUUACGGGGACCAUCGUCGAGGUCGUGCAGAUGUGCCACAAACACGGGGUUAUGCACAGAGAUCUCAAGCCGGAGAACUUCUUAUUUGCGAACAAGAAGGAGAAUGCGGCUCUCAAAGCUAUUGAUUUCGGGUUAUCCGUGUUCUUCAAGCCUGGUGAGAGAUUUACUGAGAUCGUGGGUAGUCCUUAUUACAUGGCGCCCGAGGUUUUAAAGAGGAAUUAUGGGCCUGAGGUCGAUGUUUGGAGCGCUGGAGUCAUCCUCUAUAUCUUGCUUUGUGGUGUGCCUCCAUUUUGGGCAGAAACUGAACAAGGUGUUGCACAAGCCAUCAUUCGUUCUGUAAUUGAUUUCAAGAGAGAUCCGUGGCCUAGGGUUUCUGAUAAUGCAAAAGAUCUAGUGAAGAGAAUGCUUGAUCCUGAUCCAAAGAGGCGAUUGACCGCCCAGGAAGUGCUCGAUCAUCCUUGGUUGCAGAAUGCCAAAAAGGCACCUAAUGUCAAUCUAGGUGAGACUGUUAAAGCUAGACUCCAACAAUUCUCUAUGAUGAACAAACUGAAGAAGAGAGCUCUUAGGGUGAUUGCUGAACACUUAUCGGUGGAAGAAGUAGCAGACAUAAAGGAUAUGUUUUCAAAGAUGGAUGUAAACAACCAUGGCAAGAUAACUCUAGAAGAAUUGAAAUUUGGUCUGCACAAGCUUGGCCACCAGAUUCCAGAUGCAGAUGUUAAGAUUCUAAUGGAUGCUGCUGAUGUGGAUGGAAAUGGGACACUAGAUUAUGGAGAAUUUGUUGCCGUAUCAGUUCAUCUCAGAAAAAUAGGAAACGAUGACCAUCUGCACAAAGCCUUCACUUACUUCGAUCAGAACAAGAGCGGAUAUAUAGAGAUUGAUGAGCUGAGGGAAUCCCUAGCUGAUGACAUGGGUCUAAACCAUGAGGAAGUCAUCAACGCAAUCAUCCGCGAUGUAGACACAGACAAGGAUGGGAAAAUCAGCUACGAGGAGUUUGCAGCAAUGAUGAAGGCCGGCACAGAUUGGAGAAAGGCUUCAAGGCAGUACUCUCGGGAGCGAUUCAAUAGCCUCAGCUUGAAGCUAAUGAAAGAUGGAUCCUUGCAAGUAACGAAUGAGCCUAUCAGAUGAGGGUGGAAAAAGAUCAAUGUGUGCAUGUUUGUGAGAUCCAAAACAGGCAAUUCCUUUGAUUAUGGGUGGGGGUUUUACAAGAUUGGCUUUGUUUUUUUUUUCUUGUGCCCUUUUCAUUUUAGUACUAUCUGAUGAUGAUUCUUUUUAUCUGGCUCUUUGUUUUUUUUGAUAUAUUGGAGCUUUUGUAUGUAUUGGGGGGAAAUUCAAGGAGAGAUGGUGGGGUUCAUGCCUGUAAAUAUUAUGUGAAAAAUGUGGCCCUUGUUUUGCUAAAAUUUUCGUUUUGUUACUAUUAUGUGAACCCUGAGAGAUGUUCAACAAGAAGUUGGUGUGCUAAUGUGACCUGUAUUUUUGCAUAUUGUUUUUCUUU